AUGUCGACGUCCGUGUACCCCGUCGUGUCCGACUUGACGCCGUACUUUGCGCCGCCAAGUCGGACUCCCCUCAUCCACUCGACCGGCUCUGGUGAACCCGUUCCGCCGUUCGGGAGCUGCUUCCAAUGCAGCGAGUGCCCGCGGCAGUUCACGCGGCGGUACGCGCUGCAGGAGCACUUGGUCACGCACACGGGCGAGAAGGCCUACCGCUGCCCCGCACGCGGCUGCGGCAAGUGCUUUACCACAACGAGCAACUUGGCGCGCCAUCGCCGGCUGCACGGGGACGAGCUCCAGCCGCUCGCGUGCCCCGACCCGUCGUGUACAAAGACGUUCACGACGGCGCACAAACUGCAGCGCCACCUGCGCGUGCACAUGGACACACCCACGCGUCGGUGCCAGUUCGCCCACUGCAACAAGACGUUCAGCUCGACGGGCAACUUGAACCGCCACAUGCGGAACCAGCACCUGCGCUUUGGCCAUUUCUUGGCCAAGAGCGACCACCAGUCGCCCACGAGCGUGAGCGAUGUGGAGCCACUGGGGCACAAGUUUACGUGGGCUCGCGGGGGGUCUCCCGAAGACGCGACCGCGGCCAGUCGUUGCGCGGGCGUCGUCUCGGACGAAGAGCUGCUGGAAGUGCUGUCGUGUCUGCUGGACAACGACGACGAGGCGAUGGCGGACGUCGCCAGUCGCAGUAGUGGCUGCAGCGCGCUGGAAGAGGUGGACGGAGCAGCGACAGCAAAGCCUUGCAAGGUCGCGCUCUAA